AUGAAGGUCUGUUCUAUGUCCGAGACCCAACGAUGGUACUCAGUACCAUGGGCGUCGAGGACGUCAAAUUCAAUGCCUCUGUCCAUCUGCAUACAAGAGAGAACAAGUCGUAUUAGUUUUCUGUUGGAGACCCUGAAAAAGGUACUCAAAUACGAUGAUUUUGUGGAAGCCCUACGAGAAAUUGGUAAAGAACUAGGAAAAAAUGACUGGAACUUCAGCGUAGACCCGUGCCUGAAUGACACAACCCACACAAGCUGGGCUACUCCAAAGCCUGCUGAUAGGCCUCAAUUCAACAACACUCUCAUCUGCAACUGCUCCUUCCCUGAUGACUCAUGCCAUGUUAUCAACAUUUUUCUUAAAGGGCAAGAUCUUGCUGGGGUUCUUCCACCGUCUGUUGCAAAGUUACCUUACCUUACACAAAUCGAUUUCUCAAGGAACUUCAUCAGUGGCAAUAUACCGAGUGAAUGGGCUUCUACAAAGUUGGAAUUAAUGUACCUCGGUGUGAACAACUUAUCUGGACCAAUCCCUGCCUUCCUAGGAAACAUUACCACUCUAAGAAACUUGAGUCUGGAGACAAACAUGUUUUCUGGAAUUGUUCCUCCAGAGAUUGGGAAGUUGGUUAACUUGCAGAUUCUCGUCAUUAGUGCAAACAAUCUCACAGGAGUCUUACCAGUGGAUCUCACAAACCUGACCAAAUUAAUAGAACUGAGGAUUAGCAGUAACAACUUCAGAGGAAGAAUUCCCGAUUUUUUCCGAAGUUGGAGUCAACUUAAUGAACUAGAGAUCCAAGCUAGUGGUCUACAAGGCCCCAUUCCGUCUAGCAUUUCUGUCUUGAGUAAUUUAACAGAACUAAUGCUAAGGAGCUGUAAUUUAUCUGGACCUAUUCCUGAUUUAAAAGCAAUGCCAGUAUUGAAUAUAUUAGAUCUCAGCUUCAACAGAUUGGAAGGAAGCUUUCCUGACGUUGAAGCUAUGAAUGUGCAGUACUUGUACCUGACAAGCAACUUGCUCAAUGGCUCUAUUCCAGAAUAUAUUAAGACCAAAGAUCCCCGCUACCAGAUAGAUGUUUCUUACAAUAAUUUUUCCAAGGACUCUGAGCCAUCUGCAUGUAGCGAAGUUCAGUACUCAUUACAUAUAAAUUGUGGUGGAGGAGUGACCACUAUUGGAGGAGUCAAUUAUGAAGAUGAUACAGAUCUUGGAGGUGGAGCAAAAUUUGUUCCAGUGAGAUCCAACUGGGGAACCAGUAGCACUGGAGUAUUCUGGGAUACUAAUGUCACCGCUGGAGACUACAUAGCCAAAAAUGUAUCAACACUCGGAAUGAAUAACUCUCAGUUGUACAUGAAUGCACGCCUCAGUCCUCUUUCUCUCACGUAUUAUGCAAACUGCUUAGCACAAGGAAACUAUACUGUGAGCCUUCAGUUUGCGGAGAUAAUAAUCCGAGGAAAUAAAUCUUAUCAAAGUGUUGGAAGACGGAUAUUUGAUGUCUAUAUUCAGGAGAAACUCGUAUUAAAGGAUUUUGACAUCGUAAAGGAAGCAGAAGGUGUAGAUAAAGAAGUCAUUAAAGAGACAAAGGCAGUUCAGGUUAAGAAUAAAACUCUAGAGAUUCGGUUUCAUUGGUCUGGAAAAGGGACAACAGCUUCCCCAAGGAGAGGAAUAUAUGGUCCCCUUAUAUCAGCCAUUUCUAUAGAAUCUGAGUUCAAGCAUUCCAAAAGAAAUAUGCAUGUUGUGGUUGGAGUUUCAGUUGGAGCUUCAAUUUUGUGCCUUGUCUUCUUAAUUUUUGGCAUUCUUUGGUGGAGAGGUUGUCUGGUGGAUAGCCAGACAUCAAGGGAAAAAGUUCUGAGAGGAAUGGAUCUGCAGACUGGCUUUUUCACCUUGAGGCAAAUUAAAGCUGCCACUAAUAACUUUGAUCCUUCAAACAAAAUUGGAGAGGGUGGUUUUGGGCCCGUCUACAAGGGUAUACUAUUGGAUGGUACUAUAAUUGCAGUUAAGCAACUAUCCUCAAAAUCGAAGCAGGGAAAUCGUGAAUUUGUGAACGAAAUAGGCAUGAUCUCUUGUUUGCGGCAUCCAAAUCUGGUUAGAUUGUAUGGAUGUUGUAUUGAAGCUAACCAGUUAUUGUUGGUAUAUGAGUACUUGGAAAACAACAGCCUUGCUCGCGCUUUGUACGGUCCAGAGGAUGAUUCCCUAAACUUGGACUGGCCUACAAGGCACAAAAUAUGCCUAGACAUAGCAAAAGGUCUGGCUUACUUGCAUGAGGAAUCGGCAGUGAAGGUUGUACAUAGAGACAUCAAAACUACGAAUGUGCUACUGGACCAAGACCUCAAUGCUAAGAUCUCAGAUUUUGGUUUGGCCAGGCUUGACGAAGAGGAGAAGACUCACAUUAGCACCAAGGUUGCUGGAACUAUAGGAUACAUGGCACCGGAAUAUGCGCUAUGGGGUUGCUUGACCUACAAGGCAGAUGUCUACAGUUUUGGAGUUGUUGCAUUAGAAACUGUUUCAGGAAAGAACAACAUGAAAUAUCGACCGCAUGAGAACAUUCAAUGUCUUAUGGAUUGGGCCCAUGUUUUGCAUAAAAAAGGGAACUUACUGGAGCUGGUGGAUCCGAGGUUGGGAUCCGAUUUCAAUAAGAAAGAGGCGCUUAGAACUAUCAAAGUAGCUCUACUAUGCGCCAAUCCAACAGCUGCACUCAGGCCUAUCAUGUCUGCAGUAGUGAGUAUGCUUGAAGGGCGAACCCCAGUGGAUGAAGUGGCUUUGGAUCCAAGUAUCCAUGGUGAUGAAAUGACAAGGUUAAGAGCCUUUGAAAACCUGUCUGAGCAGAAUGCACAAGGGAUCAGCUCAACAAGUGAAAGUCACAGCCUCGUGCAUUCAUCAAAUGCACCAUGGACUGGUUCUUCUGAUACUACUACGUCUUCAGAUCUCUAUAAAAGAGUUAGUGGAUUCUUUAGGAAAUAUGCUGAGGGGAGUUUUGGAUUGGACUUAGAACCCUCGGACUGUGAAGAAGAAGGAGUUCAUGAGGCUGGUGCAAGGGAGUUCAAGGGUGCCAAGGGACCCCUUGAUGCUUAUACUUGGGUAGACAAGAUGGAAAAGAAGGGGGAUGAUGAGGGUCUCAUAGAGUUCGAGCAGAGAUUCACUUCCUUGAGUUAUCAUGUGUCCUACCUGGUUCCGGAUGAGAGGACAAGGAUUGCAAUGUUCAUUGGGGCACUUAGUGGUGUGUAUGCUGACAAGAUGACAGGGGUAGUGUACCUGACUUUUAUGGAUGCAAUUAGUGCAGCUAUGGCCAUUGAGACCAUGAGGACACAUGGUGCUCGGCCCCGUGAUUUCAGUGGUCCCAGUCAGGGUCCAUCCAAGAAGGCUGCUUCAUCAUCCGCUUCAGGGUCUUUAGCUGGUAGUGGCAGUAGUGGUGGAUCGAGUUCUAGUUCUCGGUUCAGGGUUAGAGGACGUCACAGGAGACCUUCUCGGAGUCAUUUGGGUAGGCAGCCGUCUGGUCAAUUUGGUUCUGGUGGCAGCUUCUAUGGUGGAUCAUCUGGUGGUCAGACUUUUUCUUUUGUGUUAGUUGAGGGAAUAAAUUUCAAGGCCGAUUUGAUUCCUUUAGAUAUAGUGGAGUUUGAUGUGAUCUUCAGAAUGGCUCUAGCGGAAUUGAAAGAGUUAAAGAUUCAAUUGCAGGAGUUAGUAGACAAGGGUUUUAUUCGGCCUAGCAUGUCUCCAUGGGAUGCUCUGAUUGCUGCUCCUCUUACAAGAUUGACCAAGAAGGGAGUUAAGUUCGAAUGGUCAGAUGAGUGUGAGCAAAGUUUUCAAAAAUUGAAGAAUCGUUUGACUAGUGCUCCUGUUUUGGCACUUCCGGAUGAUAGUGGGGAGUAUGUGGUUUAUUGUGAUGCUUCUAGACUCGGUCUAGGUGGGGUAUUGAUGCAGCAUGAGCGAGUUAUUGCCUAUGCUUCUAGGCAAUUGAAGCCGCACGAGGGGAAUUAUCCCACUCAUGAUCUGGAGCUUGCAGCGAAAGUGAAGGCUGAAAGGCAGAAACCUUCAGGGUUACUUGCGCCGUUGGCUAUUCCAGUGUGGAAGUAG